AUGGAAAUCAAUUUUGAGAAAGAAGUUUGCCUCGCUACUGGAGUUUCCUUGAUGCCUCUUUCAUUCCUCAUUGUAGUACCAAAUGGCAUCAUUUUGUAUGCCCUUUACCGAAACCCUCUCCGCUGCUUCCGAAAAACGUUUUCCGUGUUUUUGGUGUUUAUUUCUGGAGUGGAUUUCUUCAUCGGCACUGUAGUAUGUAUUGGAGGAACAACAAUCAGAUAUCUGUGCGCUUUCGGAGACUACAGCCUUCCUAAAGAAGGGGAUAUUUUUCUGAUAGUCGAAUACGCAGCAAUCAACAGUUCGAUUCUCCUAGUGACCGCGAUGUCCGUCGAUCGUUUUACAGCGGUUGUUUUUCCUCACUUUUAUCUCCGUAAAACCAGCCCGCGGAAGCUCGUCUAUUUGAACUUGGCAGUGAUCAUCUUCUCAAUAGUUUUUGCCUUACUCCAGCUUCAUCCUGGCAUUUCAGUUGAAGUUUACAGAAACGUAGACCAAUAUUUGAACACCGUUUUUCCUCUUUCUACCAGCACUUUGUGUUAUUUGGGAAUAUUUUUUGUUUUGAGGAAGCAAUCAUCUCGGAUUGGUCUUCAAAGA